UAAUUUGGCCAGAUCCCGAGUUUUGUGUAUUUGAUAAUAAUACAACCAUAAUUUCAUAAUCUUCGCGUAUUGUAAUCAGUUAAUGAUAAGUUUUGAGGAAGGUAUCGAACUUGAUUGAGAAUCAGCCUGUAGUCGCCCGUGAUCAACAUGACAACUCCCGCUGGCACCGCUGUGCAAGAUGAUUCCAGUCUCAGUUUCACAAGAGAUGUCCGCAUUAUUUCAACAGCAGAAGUUGAGAAGCAUACGGUAUAUACCAUUCAGGUCAGUGUCGAUGACUGCCAGUGGACAGUUCAGCACAGAUACAGUGAGUUCCACGACUUACAUGAGAAACUAGUUGCUCUUGGCAGGGUGGAAAGAUCCCUGCUACCUCCCAAGCGUAUCCUUGGCAACAUGUCAAAGAGCUUCAUUGAGAAGCGACAGCGUGACCUAGAAGCUUACCUGCAGAAGGUCAGUAGCAGUCGGAUACUGCCAAGGCCAUUACUUCUUUUCCUGGAGUUUGAUAUCUAUGAUAUUAAUGGUGUUUCACAAGCUUUAGCUGCAGAGUUGUUUGAUAAGGGAGAUCUUAUUCUGGCUAGCCAGGAUGUGUGUGAAAUGACACCGAUGCAACUCUUUGCUAUCACAGAAAGGCUAAAGUUACCCCUACCUACAUGUGAUUCUGAUGAUGCUCAUAGUGACAUUGGUCAUAUCAUGGACUUCAUGUCCAGACUGAAAUUCCUCAGGAUCGUUGGCUCCACAUCCAGACUUGGGUCCAGCACUCGUAAAGUUGGUGACUUGCCCUUUGACCUCUCAUACUUCAAGUCAAUUAGACAUCUUCAGAUUGAGGUUUGCAAUGCAAGAUGUAUAUCAGGAAUUGAAGAAGCAAAGACCCAUGUCAGUUUCCUGGCUGUGCACAAAUCUUUCAAUUCAAUACAGGAUAUGUUACUACCAAAUCUUACUCAAUGGGAAUCUCUUGCCAGCUCUAGUGGUCAGGAUGUAAUGGAGAUUGUCCCACCAUGGGCAAGGGUCAAGCUAGUAGAUUUCAGCUACAAUGAUCUUAAUGAAAUCGACAGGUCAAUUUGCCUCUUACCCAACGUGGAGCAGCUUGACCUGAGUCACAAUCAGUUACGAUCUGUCAACCACCUUCAUCAUCUCUCUGCCAUGACACAUCUCAAUCUUUCCUACAACCAACUCCACUCCCUGGAUGACAUGAAUACCAGACUAGGCAAUGUCCAUACACUCCUACUCACCAACAAUGAUCUCUCCAGUCUAUAUGGCUUGGCCAAGCUAUACUCACUGGUCAAACUGGACGUCAGGUCAAAUAUUAUUGAACAUGUACUAGAGGUACAACAUGUGUGCAAUCUACCUUGUUUAGAGCAUUUACUGCUGAGUGAAAACCCUGUUACUAAUGUGGUAGACUACAGAACAAAAGUCCUGGAGCUCUUUGAAGACCGAUUUACAGAAAUUAGUCUAGAUGGACAUAAGGCCACUGAGAAGGAGAAGGAUACAGUCAACAUUCUGAAAGCUAUCAAGAAAUCCAAAGAUUACAGGCCUUUUGUUGGAUCAAAACACAACUCACCAAAGAGAGUAGUUCAUGAGGCAGCUAUAGCUGACCCCAGUGCAUCAAAACAAGCAUCACCAAUGGGUCCUAGUCUAACAGGAGAAAGUGCUGAAUUCAAAGCUAAAGUAGAAUCACUGCGCAGACAAGGUGGCAAGGCAUGGCUUAGUAUAUUCAAUGAGAUGUCUGAUCCUGCAGAGGAAGAAGCCUCAGCUGCUGUGGCAACACAACAAGAUGGACAGAAGAAUACAGAUAAAGGAGCUAAGAAAGAUAAAACAAAAAGGGCAAGAUCAAGAUCCCGCUCUCCACGUCCCAAGCCCAAUUCAGCAACAGAUAAAACCCUCCCUGUGCAGGAAAUAAAGUUAAGUCCUAAAGGAUUUGCAUAUCAUAUCUUUGAUGAAAUCAGUCGGCACAACCAGGCAGGUAUUGCGGAUGUAUCCACCAUCUUCUCGCAGCUCACCAUGUACUUCCAGGGACCUAAGCUGUUCACGUAUGGUCCUCGUCAUAAGGCGGCUGGGAUGCCCCCUCCAGAUGUCAAUGGACCUACCCUAAAGGGUUACCUGGGUCAAAUGAGCCCAGAUGAGCAGGAUGAGUUGAUAGAAGUAUUAAGAAGUGUACUCAGUGGAACCCUGCAGUUGUCCAACAAGUUCCCUUCUGAGGCAGAAGCAGAGGAGGUCUGGAAGCAUGUCCAGACAUUGUUAGGUAGGAAUGAUGUCGUGGAGAAGGAAAAGGAGGCAGAGAAUGUUUAUCUUGUUCCUGAUAAGGAAUCCGUAAGACCUGAAAUUGUUGCUGAAAUUGAUGGAAGCCGAGAGGAAGAAUCAAGGACAGAGAAUGGGGAUAAUAGUAAAAACCCAUCGGUAAAUGAUCUAUCUUCAAAAGUCAGAGAAGUAAGCAUCAUUUCUGUAGUAGAUGAACAGAAAGAUGGAAGGAUGACAGAAUCGUCUCUGCUGUGCAGUAAACCUGAUGAAUCCUCUCAAGCACCAAUGCUUCCAGAACAGCCAGUGCCCUUGAAUCAAAAAGAUUUUGGAUUCAAAGGUAUGGUGUCAUUACCUACCACUGCCCCAGAGGUUCCUACAUUUGUGGUUGUCCCAGACUAUGACCAAACAGUUAUGGACCAUUUAUCAUCCUGUGGGCUAAGAAAAGGUCUCAAGCUCUCUCCAUCAAUGCAAUGUCUUGCCACAAUGUCUACCAGUGAAAUGAUUAAAUACUUUCAUGAGAAUGUAGCCCACAAAAAUAGUGGUGAGAGGGAAAAUCUUACCCAUGUUGUGUGGACAAAGGUGAUUACAUAUGCUGUUCCUAAAGAGGAGGUGAUGUCCUGUGUUAUGCUUAGCUCUCUUGCUCUGUAUGUAUUAUCAGAUCAGACAUUGAUGUGUCAUCGGGAAUCUUGGAAGACUCAUCGUCGUAUAUCCAGUGACUCUGCCGUGCGCAAAUCCAAACUCAGAUCAGGAAGGCCUGAUCAGCAAUCUCAUGCCAGUGGUGUGAUCCACACUUCUUCAGAGUUAGAGGCAAACAGAGUGUGCUGCCAGCAUGUCAUUUCUCUUGGCGACAUAGAUGAAGUGGUGGUCGGGCUCUUUGACCAGAAGAUACGUCUGACUGGACACACACCAGAUGACACUUUGACCUUGAUAACAAGAAAUUUUAAGGAAACCCACAAGUUCCAGCAGCAGCUGAUGCUGGCUCUGCCUCAUCCAGAAAGUCCUUGUAAAUCUGAUCAGAGACCAGGGUCACCAAUUGACCUCUAUCAGGAAGCGAUGAAAGCCAGACAAGAAGCAGUCAUCACAGAAUACAAGCAUCCUGCAGGUGUCAAGUUUGUCUAUGCCAAUGAAGAAACGAUCAGUGACUUAACAUACCUUGUUGUGGAGAAGGUAAAGAGUCCGUCCUUUGGAAUCCUUGAUGUCCAUCUUCUGAUGUACAUGCUUCUCCAUCAGGUCGGUGAUGUCAUCAGCAACAAUGAGUAUGUUCCACCGUCCAUCGAAACAGCAUCACUUCAUCCUCGAUCCCUCAUCAUCACCAACACUCACGUGGCACUUUGUCAUGAAGAUCAUGUGUGCUACCCAAUCCCAAACUUCUCAAAGUUACUACCAGAGAGUCCUCAGUACUCGGUCAGUGAUGUCCAACCCAUCUUCAACCUGAAGCGACUGGUGGUCAGUGACUUCUCUUCUUGCGACAUCACCCUUAUCUUUGAAGUCAUCACUGUGGAGGUAGAUAUAAGCAGAGAGUACUUUACAUCAGAUGAUCUCCAGGAAGGUGAGAAGCAUCACACUCCAGACAUAGUCUGGACCCUAUUACUUCCUUCUCUUGAAGACAGGGAGAGGUUGAUGAAAAUGAUUUGUGGACAAUGGAGAGAUAAGCAUAAUAAGGAACUAUCUAUUCAGGUUAGUGCAUAAACUUAAGGAGACAUGCCAAGAAACACCUGCUAUUUCAGUUUCAUAGUAUAUAUAUGAUGAAUAUGUACGAUAUUGUUGAUAUUCUAAUUUCUGAUGAAUUUCAGAGAU